GUCCAAAGUCCAAACAGCAUUUUUCGACUUUUUGGCCCAGUCUUCCUCCCUGGUUCAUCAUUCUUCAGGUAGCCAUUUUUUAAACCUCUGAAUCUCUGGAUCUAAACUCUAGAAUCUUGCUCCUUCUUUCGUGGAAGGAAAACAAAAUACACAAUCCCACUUGCUAAACCUUACGAAUUCUGGAUCUUCUCAAUCCUGCAAACUAGCAUUCAGACAAGUUCUUGGUGAGCUUCCUCCUUUUACCUGAAAAUUCUUUUCUACGGUGCUAAAGUUCUCAUUUUUAAGCUGAAAAGUUUGCAUACUGAUUAGUUAUGUAGGUUCUUUAUGAAGAUCGACUGAAUUCUGUUUCUGGGUUAUGCUUGAUUUUAACAAAUGCUUCGGAUAAAUUCAUGAUCCCAUUGUUUUAGUUCUCAAGCUUCCCCUUAGGAUAUGCUUGAUUUCCAUCAAUCUAGAAACCCAUAAGCUGGAUUUGUGGUAUGAUGAAUAAUUAUCCAUUUAGUUCAAACAGUCCCAAAUCCUUCAAUGCAUAUCCAAGAAGUGAUUUUGACAUAGAAUCAGGAACCAUCAGAAGAGCCCGGAAGUUUCGAAAUUCAUCAUUUCAUCCCAUCAGAAUGGUUAAGUCCUUAGCCAACCGUAUUCACUACUAUUACAAGCUGCAUCCAGUUCUUGUUUUCUUGUUGUCGUUGUCAUUUGGUGUCACAAUUCUGAUAAUUCUAUCUGUGUAUGAGAACCACUACAAGAUGUUGAGUAAUUAUAGAAAACCCGACAUUGGGUUUAAUGAUAAUCCGUAUGCAAAGCUUCAGAAUCUUGUAAUGGUUGCUGGGCAUUCAGUGUAUACCAGUAGUAAUUGUGGGAAAGUUGAUGGGGAAGACUCUUGGCUUUUGAUGCCCUAUCAGAAGCAUCCAGGUCAGGCUGCUACCUUUUUGGCUCACAUACAGAAGGGGAUAGACAUUGCAGCAAAAGAUGAUGAGGCUUUGCUUCUGUUUAGUGGUGGAGAGACUCGAAAAGAAGCCGGUCCUCGUAGUGAGGCACAGAGUUACUGGUCUGUUGCUGAAUCAGAAGGAUGGUUUGGCAAAGAAGAAACUGUGAGAUGGAGAGCAUUGACAGAGGAGCAUGCAAGAGAUAGCUUUGAGAAUCUUCUAUUCAGUGUGUGCCGUUUCCGAGAGCUUACUGGGACAUAUCCACAUAAUAUAACCGUUGUAAGUUACGAUUUCAAGAAGGAGAGAUUUGCACACUUGCACCGCUCUGCUAUUGGUUUUCCAGAGUCACGGUUCUCCUUUGUGGGCACCCCGCCUUCACUAAAUUCAAGAGAAGCAGCUUUGAAAGGAGAGGCAUUGGUGAGGGCUCAAUUUCAAGAAGACCCAUAUGGAUGUAUCAGCAAACUUUUGCGGAAAAAACUAGGCCGUAAUCCCUUUCGUCGUACAAUUCCUUAUCCUGAAGGAUGUCUUGAAAUUGAACCCCUAUUCAGAUAUUGUGGGACUGCUCCUUAUCGAGGUUCUCUUCCUUGGGCACAAUAAGGGUAAAACCUAGUCUCUUAUUAUCUUGAUAGUGCAUAGCCACAAUCAAAACACACAAAAAUUGAUGCUUGACUUCAUAAUCUUGUUAAAUGAUAUUUCUUUCACCCAAUUAAUAGAAAAGGGAAAGCUGAAAUUGUCUCCACUGUUUGCUUCAGUUGUUUGGACCUUUGAAUUUACUGC